GAGGCAGCCCUAGAAUCCUCAUUGGCUGGAGCAAUAAGAACCUACCGUUCCGGUACCUGUACGUACACUUACUCACACUUAGUCUACUGGUAGGGAGAUUCAAAGCUCUCAGUACAUGGAAGGUACUCGAGUACAGGUGUUUGGUAGAGGUGUAUUUUCUGGAAAUUACGGUACACCGCAAACCUCCUCGGGAGCAGCAUACUGGUACUUGAGUGCAGAGGUACGGUCAUUCUAUCCAUCAUCCCUAUCUGCACUUUACUCAGUCUGUCACACUAGCGACACUUGCCGGGCAAGCACAAGCAAGCUAAUAUACUGUUCCUGAUGGCAGUUAUCGGUGACGUUCAAAACGGUGCACUUGUGUUUUCAGUGUAUAUUGUGUGCCCGUUUGCAGCGUGCUGAGAGCCCUGAACCUCCCUGCUAUCGCCGUCGAUGCCCCUCAACUUCCCUGUGGCGAAGUUGGCGGCUGCAGGAAGUGGCGAUGCGGAUACCGGUACCGAUAACUGGGCAAGGGCAGGCUAAUUUAGAUGUGGAGGAUGGGUGCCACCACCGGUAACUGGCUUAUCGAUAAGAUAAGACUCUUAGGGAGUCAAGCUAGCCCCCAAAGAUAAUCGCAAAGCCGCUUUUCUCAUUUUUAUCAUACGUCACAUCAUUCCAAGAAGGGUCUACUCGAGUAUCAUGGUUCCGGGGGGGGGGUUGGUGGACCGAACAAAGCUUCAAUUUUGUGAUACGG